AUGUUAGUUCGGCAUCGUUUGUUCGGAUGCAACGACGUUAAUUCAAUUGGUGUCACUAUCUUGAAACAUCGACUUCGGUGGCUUGGACAUGCUCUACGAAUGUCGUCCCAGAGAAUUCCAUGUCGUGCGUUAUUUACAGACGCUGGGACUGGUUGGAAAAAGCGGAGAGGUGGUCAAUGUAUGACAUGGUGUCGCGGUAUAAAAGAAAGCUACACAGGACUGGCUUUUGUUGGUCCUUCUCGACUCCCUGGUUGUUGUCCUAGAGAUGGUGCAAUACAGUGGCUAGAGACGUUAUCAGAAAUGGCUUAG